AUGUCAUCAUCAUCCUCAGAUGAUUCUGCUUCUGAAUUCAUAAUCAACCAUCUCACAAUAUCCCUCGGUUCGAUUUGUUAUCAUCCCCAACAUCAUCUAUCUUGUAGAGUUCGUCAUACCUUCUAUAACGAUCUUCUCCAACAGUUGCUGCCUCUAACGCCUCUGUUGCUCCAAACUUCACUGUCUCCCUCCUUCCAAAACCUCUCCUCCAAUUCUUCAAAUCCAUUCUUCUCCGCAGGUACGAACCCAGUACAAAAUCACUGA